CGGUCACACUGGUCAAGUCGCAAAAUAAAUAAAUAUAAAAACCACAUUUUGUAAACAAAUUCUCGUUAGAGUCCUGUGCAUGAUCAGCAAAACCCCGAGGACUUGUCCUGCUAUGCAGUAAGACGUUCUGCGAGAAAAAUGAACUCGCAGCCUAAGAGGAAAUCGUUUCCCUUCAAUCCCCCGCAACCUGGAGUCGUGAUGCAUUUUGGCUUCAAUGCAAACACAAAUUUCCACACUGAGACUGAGUGCAGCAAGUGGCCGCAGCACAAACGCAAGUCCGAGCAACAGGCGUCGGCGUCAGUGCUCCCACCGAAAAUGCUGAUUACGGAGGAGCGGAUCACACAGCACUUCAGUGGAUUGCAGAUUUCGGGCGACGCGAAGGGCGUCGUCGGCAAUGGUAAUGGUCUGGGCAACAACAACAGUGCCUCAAUCGUGACCGGCGGCCUGGCCACCGACGAUAUACCCUCCACCUCCACGGGCAAAACGCACCAUCACCCGAAUCCAGCGUAUCAGAUGGCGGCCAUGGAACUGGAGCAGAAGCUGCGAAAUGCCAACCGAAUUGUCAUCUGUGACGAACUGAAGCCGGGAUCUGUUCCGGGCCCCGCGCCUGGUGUCAUACCUCGCGAGUGGCUCAUCAAAUCGGUUCCCCGUCCCUGCACAGCCCUGGUCCCAUGGCAGCCAUCUCCCCUCCAAAUCCCCAUGCCAGUGCCCAAGCUGCCGCCACCGCCGCACCCGAUGAACCUGCUGGCCCCGACAUUGCCCCUCCCUGGAGAGGAACUCGACGACUACGACGAUGAUUUGGAGUUCUUUGAGAACAACAAUACUUGCAAUGUGAAUUUAAACAAGUCUGAUGAGCACAUGGAUGAGGAUCUGUAGCCAUAGCUGGAAGCCUAAAUGUAACCGUGCAGAUCUGAAUGUCCGUAAGUGCAGCACACAGGAGGGUUUUAUCGCGUAUAAAGAAUUGCUACUCGACUCUUUUUGCUCACACACUUGCAGAGGAACUCCCGGUCUGUAAUAGUAUCAAGCGCCUCGGCCCCCGACGAUAAUGAUAUAGCCCUCUUUCAUGUCACUCUUCAACUAUUUUGUAUUACUAUUUAAAAUAGAUGUAUGUGAUUUUAUCUACAUAGCUGGAGAUAUCUGUGGCAGUCAGUGAAUUUGUGCUUCUGUUCGAAUAAAGUAAAGGAAUUAUAAAUGGUA